AUGGGAAAUCAGCAAGUUUUCGUAAACUAUGAUUCUGACCUUGCUUUUAUACAAGACUUAAAUGAAUAAUUAUUGGAUAAAGGAACUUAGAUUCACCCAUCUCUGGGACCAAUAAAAUUAUGGUAAAUGAAAAAAGACCCAUAACAUUAGUUAUUUUCUCUCGUUAUUUAAACAUCAAAAUUGGAUGCAUAAUUAUUAUAAGUCCAUUAAUAGAGAUGUAAAAUGUAACAUCCAAAUUUAUUAAAAUAUUAUGCCUGUUCUAAGUCAAUAUAAUUGGGGGGUGUAGAGAAAUAAUAAUAUUUUUUCGAGUAUUCGCCAAAAACAUUAAAAUAAAUUACAAUUCAAGCUCCAUUAAAAGAAGAGUAAAUCUGGGCUUUUGUUGAAUAAAUCGUAGAUGUAAUGCAAUAUAUUCAGAGUUUGAAUAAAUUCCAUGGAAAUCUAACAUCAGAAGCAAUUUUUAUUGAUAAGUAGUAAAAUGCCAAACUGUUAGACAACUUAGGCUAAAAACGGUAAAAUAAAGAUUCAAUUUCUGAAGAUAUUUUUUAAUUGGGGCUAUUAUGUUUAGAAAUGAUGACUCAAAGAUCAAGCUAAUUAAGCUUUAGCAGUGCUCUAAAACAACUAAUGGGUAAAUACAGUUUACAGUUACUACAACUAACAAGCAAAUUAUUACAUAAAGAUGCUGAAAUGGGUUUGGAUUUUGUUGAAUUAAAGAAUAUAUUAAAAAAUAGAUUUUAAAUUCCUAUUACAAUAAAAUAGGCUAAAAUUAUCAAAACUGAAUAAGGUUACUAAUCUUGUUCUAGUGUCUAAAUAUUCGAUAAAGAAGAAAUAAACAGGAUUAAACAUCAAAAACCUUAAAAUUAAAAUUAACAUUAAGCAGAGAUCAUAAACACUAUAAAGUAUAAUUAAAACCAGAACCAAAUCCAAAUCUAAUAAAUUAAUGGAAAUUAUUUAUAAUAAUUCAAAUAAUUACACGUUCUUCCAUAAAAAUAAUAAAUUGAUCCAGAUUUCAGCAAAAAGAAUUCAAUUCAAUAAGUUUAGUUUAAUUCUUAGAAGAAUUAAUAGUAAGCAAACCAAAAUAUACAAUUACAUAGAAGCCAACCUCAAAUUAUAUAUCAUAAAUAAACAGCUUCAUUAUAAUUGUAAAACUCCCAUGUUACUAGUAGAAAUCCUUCCCCAAUGGAUAGAAUACAAUUUUCAAAAGUAAAAUAACCACAAUAACCAUAAAAUAAUCAUUUUAAUAUGAAAUAAGCACUAGAAAUAUUAGAUAAGAUAUACAAAAAUUAAAACAAUUCAUAGUAAAAAUAAUCAUAGAAAUUGGAUAUGCGUUCCUCUAUUGAUUCGAGUCAUAGCACAUAAUUUUAUUUAUCAUAGAAUAAAAGAUAAUAAACAUUAUCACACAGCUCUCAUUCUGUAAUCUAAACACCUUGCCAUAGAUUUCAAAGCUUAUAAGCACGUUCCUUCCAAAGUAUUCAUAAAAAGUAAGAAAUUUGA